AUGAAGGUGACGGGCUGGGCAGCCCUCGCAAUCGCUCUGAGCAGCGGCCUCGUGCACGGUCAGAGGAUUAUCAAGCGACCUACGACUUCACUUCAGCCGAAGGCGUCUUCCGAGCGUUCGCCAUCGAAGAGAACAGAAUUCUCUCGCGACAAUGUUCUCACAGACAUCAAGAUGGUCUGCUACUAUUCGAAUUGGGCGGUCUACCGACCCGGUCUUGCGAAAUUCACUCCGCAAAACAUCAAUCCGUUCCUGUGUUCCCAUCUCAUCUACGCUUUCGCCGGUUUCAACAAGAAGUGGGAGUUGAAGCCGUUCGACCCGUACAACGACAUAGAGCAGGGAAACUACAAAAAGUUCGUUGGUUUAAAACAAUACAACCCCGCGCUCAAGACCAUGGUAGCAGUCGGUGGUUGGAAUGAGGGCUCGAAGCGUUUCACCGAGAUGGUGGAAGACGAAGGAAAUCGUCAGGCUUUCGUGCGGAGUGCAGUCAAGUUCUGCCGGACUCAUGGAUUUGACGGUCUCGAUCUCGAUUGGGAGUAUCCGACAUUCAGAGAUGGGGGAAGACCCGAAGAUCGUGAAGGCUACGCUCUGCUCAUCAAGGAGCUCAGGGAAGCGUUCGAUGCCGAAAAAACGAAUGGAAAAGAACGCCUCCUUCUAUCGGUCGCUGUACCGGCAGGAAAAGAUUACAUCGACCAAGGUUUCGAUGUGCAGACAAUUUCGAAAUACGCGGACUUCUUGAACGUGCUCACUUACGACUAUCACACGGCGUUUGAGCCUACGACCAAUCACCACGCUCCCCUCAAAGCCCGGAGCGACGUGAAGGAGUGGGACGACGAGAAUACCUUGAAUGUCGAUUGGACGGUGAACUAUUACUUGAAGAAAGGCGCCCCGGCGAAAAAACUGAUUCUGGGCAUUCCGACUUAUGGUAGAUCGUACACGUUGACAAAUGUCGAUGAUGCCGAUCUCGACGCACCGGCGGACGGACCCGGGGAGCAGGGCGAAGCCACCCGAGAGAAGGGCUAUCUCGCGUACUAUGAGAUCUGUCAGGCAGUCAAUGAGAAAGGUUGGGAACUGAUCCGACCCCACGAAGGCAUCAUGGGUCCGAUGGCCAUCAAAGGAACACAAUGGGUCGGUUUCGACGAUGAGAUAAUGAUCGCGAACAAAGUCAAGUACAUCAAGGAGAAAGGUUUGGGUGGAGCCAUGGUCUGGACUCUGGACAACGACGAUUUUAGAGGCUCUUGUGGAGGAGGGGAGUCGCCCCUGAUCAGUGCACUGCGGGAGCACCUUCUCGAAGCUGAGAGCUCCUCAGUGCGACCGAGGAUCGCCAGCGCUCCAGAAGAGAAAAAAGAAUCUUCCAGAAGCAGUCGAACCAAGACAAAGACGGCAGUCACGACGACCAAAGCUCCGAAAGGUGAUGGAAAAUCAUGUCUCCCAGUGCAAACUAGAAAUUGAACGAUAGACACAGCCGACGAGUUUUCAACAUAAGGAAUAUGUCUUUCAGAAACUGGCCUUCUGUUCACGACCCCAGAACCACCAACGACCCCCGAUCCUGGAAUGCCAUUCGAAUGCGAGGACGAAGGAUUCUUCCCGAACGAAAAGGAUUGCAGGAAAUAUUUCUGGUGUUUGGACUCUGGUCCCGCUGAUUUGGGGAUCGUGGCCCACACUUUCACUUGCCCGAGCAAUCUCCAUUUCAACCCCAAGACAGAGUCGUGCGAUUUCAAGGAAAGGGUCAAAUGCAAAGGGGACAAGAGCAAAAAGAAGUCAAAAAGUAAAUCGAAGACUACCACCACGACCGCCGAGCCUGAGGAGGAAGAAACCACAACGACGGCGAAACCAUCGAGCAGGCGUUCAAAGUCUCGCACGUCGUCCCGAACCACCCUCCGGACCACAACUACUACUUCCACCUCACCCACAAGUACUACUCCAGCUCCCAGUGCCACAACUAAGGCGUUCUCCACGAAGCGUAGAACUAACCAGAGAAAAUUAACCACAACGACCCCCGCGCCAAUUGACGAUGACGAGGACUACGAAGAGGUCGAACAAACUCUCGAACCAACCGAGAAACCCUCGAGCGGAACCCGGAGGCAGCAGAGGAAACAGGAACCCAAAAAGGACGACAGCAUCGCAGAACUGGUGAAGCUCCUCAAGGACCAUCUGAAAGACAACAGAAACGAUGGAACGCCCCCUCCUCCCGCCCAAGCCAGUCAAGUCCGGGGACUUCCGCCGCAGGUCGGCUUCCAGACCCAGUCUAACCUCCAAGCACAAGCUUUCAUCGAUCCCCAGCAGACACCUGUCGAGCCCGGAACCAACAUCCGAAGACCCGCGCAAGCUCAUUACCAGGAGCCCGUCCCUCUCUUCCAACAGUACGCCAACCCAUCGGGUCGCCAGACGCAGCCCGACGCGAAUCUGAACGUCUACGUGGCGCCCAUCCGCCAAGCACAGCCUCCACCUGAAGACGCGAUCAGUCCAUUCCAGUUCAGCUACGUCGAUCCUAAGGAUCGCCCCCUGGCUGAAAACCACAGGCAACCUCGUCGCGAAUCCGAUGGCCAAGUGAGCGCCCCGCCCCAGAACCCUGAAGAUCCUUCGAAUCGCAAGAAGAAGAGGAAGCCGCAGCUCGACAACCCGCUCGCCCGUGCACCUUACAACGAGGACCGUUUCGAUCUUGGCGGGGUACCGGCUUUCGGCUUCUCCGAGGGAAGUGCCAGGAACCUCCCCGAGGAGAAACCGGCGCCUACCCCGUCGACUGAAGCUCCUGCACCGAGGAACGAUGAGCCUGAGUUCGUCUUCGAUGAACCCCUGCCAUCGUUCGCGUUCUCCGAAGCUCGGAAUCGGGCCGAUCCCAAGGACUCUCCGAAAUCCACGAACUCGGCGUUUUUGUACAAUAGCCCAGAUAGGACUUCGUCGACCUCCAGACGCGCGACGACGGAAUCGCCGUUCGACGAGCCGCAUCAGCGUCAAUCGAGACCGCCUCCGCCAUUUGCUGCGGACGAGCGCAGCGUGAAUCGACAACCGAUCCAAUUCGAAUACCAGACUCCCCAACGAGACACGUCGAGGCCUCCUCCGCCUACUUUCACCUACAACGAUCCACCACCGCGGGAGACGAGACCUCGAGAGAACACUUUCACCUACAACGAUCCUCCGCAACGAUCUACUGCGCCCUUCGAUGAUAGACGGGACGUGACUCCUCCUCAAAACACUCUUCCCCGUCAAGCAUCGCCGCAAUUCGAGUACCAGACGCCAGCGCGAACCCCGCAAGCCGCAGCGUUCAACUACGAGGCACCACAACGGAGAGUACCCCAAGAUACUCAUUCCAACUUCAAUUACGACGUACCUCAGCACACCUCGUCGACGAGCUUCAACUAUGACGCACCUCAGCGGGUCUCUCAGCAAAAUCAAUUCCAGUACGAUUCUCCUCAGCGGUCGCAAACCAAUCCCUCGCAGGCCGUACUUCUCGAUACUCUAGUUCCGGACCCGAGCUCCGGUCAUGACGAAGGCCGAAACGUCAGACGCAGGAAGACUUCGGAGUCGAAUACCGCUGCGUUCACCGCCCCGAGGACAGUCCCGACCACCGUCGCGGUGAGAACCACGACCGCCCUACCCCCACCCCUGGAAGACGAUGACGAUUACUACUAUGACUAUUACGAUGACGUCACCCCUGCCCCAACUUCUAGGCCGACGGUGCCGCCCCAGACCCAGAGAGCGACCGUGGCCUUCACGACGGCUAGACCUUACGUCGCCGUCACAUACCGACCACAAUCGACGUAUAGACCAGAUCCUCCAACUUCUCCCAGAAGGGCGGUCGUCAUAACUACGCCGCGCCCUUCUAGAAGACCAGUGGUAACCGAAGAACCAACAAACGAUCCUUACGCGCCGGCUCUGAUCGUCAUCGAUAAGGACACGGUCGACUGUAACAAACGAGGUGUUUUCAUCCACCCCAACGACUGCACGAAAUUCGUCGUCUGCGCACCCGGAAAGAACGGACUCAAAGGCUUCGUACACAAUUGUCCCGCAGACACCAUCUACAUCACUAAUCUUGGCAGAUGUCUUCGUGGAAACCGCAACACCUGCACGAGGAAAUGA